UGUGGGUGCACUUGCAACAGGUCUCUGAGUAACAGUUCCCUGUUAAAAGUCAUGCCGCAGUAAUAAUGGAGCUGAGAUCGGAGUUAUUAAAAUCAAUUUGGUACGCUUUCACAGCUCUGGAUGUGGAGAAAAGUGGGAAAGUUUCAAAAUCACAGCUCAAGGUUCUGUCUCAUAACCUGUGCACGGUGCUGAGUAUCCCACAUGACCCGGUGGCGCUGGAGGAGCACUUCAGAGACGAUGACGAUGGCCCGGUGUCCAGCCAGGGCUACAUGCCCUACCUCAACAAGUACAUCCUGGACAAGGUGAAGGAGGGCUCCUUCGUGAAGGAGAAUUUCGACGAGCUGUGCUGGACGCUGACUGCCAAGAAGAACUACCGGCCAAACGGGAAGACCAGCAUCCCCCUGAAAGACGCCUUUCGCUUCUGGUGCCUCUUCAACUUCCUGUCCGAGGACAAGUACCCCCUGGUCAUGGUGCCUGACGAGGUGGAGUACCUGCUGAAGAAGGUGUGCAUGGCAAUGAACGUGGAGCUGAAUUACGUGGAGCUGGAGGAUUAUUUCAGCCAGGAGCCCCAGCAGCAGAGCGGUAUCGUCGUGUGGAAGUUCCUGGAGCUGGUGAACUCCGGGAAGCUGACCAGGGGCAUCGACAGGGACACUUUGAGCAUGGCGAUCGAGGAGGUGUAUCGAGAGAUCGUGGAGGACGUGCUCAAGCAGGGUUACCUGUGGAAGAAGGGGCAGCUGCGGAGGAACUGGACGGAGCGCUGGUUCACGCUGAGGCCGAGCACGCUGGCUUACUACGUGAGCGAAGACCGCAAGGAGCGGAAGGGCAGCAUCCCUCUGGACAGGAACUGCUGCGUGGAGGUGCUGCCGGAUAAGGACGGGAAGAGGUGCAUGUUCUGCGUGAAAACGUCGGCCAAAACCUACGAGAUGAGCGCCUCCGACACCAAGCAGAGGCAGGAGUGGACGACAGCUAUCCAGACAGCCAUCCCCUUGGAGGCCGAGGGCAAGAAGUCUCUUCACAAGGACCUGAAGCUGAAGCGGCGGGAGCAGAGGGAGCAGCGGGAGCGGCGCAAGAUGGCGAAGGAGGAGGAGAUGCUGAGGCUGCGAGCGCUGCAAGAGGAGAAGGAGAAGAAGCUGCAGGAGCUGGAGCUGCUGAAAGAGGCGCAGCGGCAGGCCGAGGUGCUGCUGCAGCAGGACGAGCAGCGCAGGAGAGCCCAGCACGAGGAGAUGCAGCGCACGCUGGAGGUGCAGCUCCGUGACGCAGAGCAGGCACGGGCCAGCAUGCAGGCAGAGAUGGUUCUGAAGGAGGCGGAGGCUGAGAGGCAGAAGAAGCGGAUCCAGGAGCUGGAGGAGAUGCAGCAGGGACUGGAAGAGGCACUGCGGCUGGAGAUCAAAGCCAGGCAGGACGAGGAAGCCUUCCGCUACGCACAGGCAAGGCUGCUGGCUGAGGAAGAGGAGAAGCUGAAGCAGCUGAUGUUCAUGAAGGAGGAGCAGGAGGAGUACAUCCUCAAGACCCAGAGAGAGAAGCAGGAGCUCAAGCAGGAGAUGGAAACCAAGUCCCGGGCUCUCGAAGAGGCCCAGCUGCAUCUGGAGGAAGUGAGGGUCAACCGGCAGAGAGUGGACCAGGAUGUUGUGGCUGCCCAGAGGAAACUGCGCCAGGCAAGCACCAACGUCAAGCACUGGAACGUGCAGAUGAACAGGCUGAUGCACCCUAUAGGCCCAGGAGACAAAAAAUCCUCACCCGGGCUCGGGGGAUUCUCCAGCUUCCGCAUCCCGCCACAGAAAGAUCCCGGACUGAAGCUGAGGCAGAAAUCCGAGGAGAGAGAGCGCGAGGAGAGCAAGGAGAACGUGGACAGCGAAUCGGCCCGCCGCCUCUCGCAGGCUUCUGACAUGGACACUCGGCCCUAAAAGGAAGAGCCUGUGGCAUCCAGGUAACGUGCCAGGUAACAGGGCUUCUGUUUGGAGAGGCUGCCCUUUGACAUCAACACAGAGAGAUCCUUCCACAAACUCAGCUCCCAGCCUCUUUGAAUGUGCACGGAAUCGACUGGGUUCAAUCCGUACAAACCUGGAUGUUGCUUUUCUUUUGGGUUGGUUCUGGGCUUUAUUUUUCCAAGUCGUUUCAACAGAAAUGUGUCCGAAUUUUAACAAGGGGUCACCACAUCUGCCUUGCCUAAAACCCCACAGACAGAAGGACUGCACGCUUCAGUAUUCAAAGCACUGGAUGAAUGAUUAUUGCUGCAAACAUCAUAAGCAACAUAGGAGUUUUAGUAGUUUGAUUUGAGGUGAAAUGGCUUUGGAAACAGGCAGUACAGCACACACAUGAAAGAAAAGAUAACUUGACAUCUUCCUGUCAGCCCCCUGCACUGCGCAGAGUUGCGAUGCUGGUUUGCAUAGCAGAUUUCCAGAGAGAAAGAGGCCCGGGUUCAAAUCCUGCCUGGGCGCCAUGCAGAGGGGGUGCUGUGUUCUGGUUCACAUCACAAGCAGACGAAGCCAGACCUGGGCUCAAUCACAGUUGUAACUGAGCAAUUCACAAUUCAUUGCAAUCACAAUGCAACUGUGAUCAUAAUUAUAACUGGAAUGGACCCCAGGUCCGGUCAGAACCCCCUGACAAUUAAGUAGUGAAACAUUCCUGUUCAGGACAGUCAAGGGACAAACAAAAUGUGGCCUUGAUACAGCAUUUCAUAGAAUUUCUUCCAGCAAUACCUUUUGUAUAAUUUAUUAAGUUCUUAGUUGAGCGUUAGCUUCCCCUUGAAGAGUGAAUCCAUUCCUGUUGUUAUUUAUUUCAUGCAAACUCUUCUAAAUCACUUUUUUAAGAUGAUUAUUCUCUUAAUCAAACAGACCAGUGAGUUACAGCGUGUUGCAGCAUAGUCUUAGAGGCUUUCAGAUUUGUUAUUACAGUGAAUACCACGUCUGUGGAAAAUGUGUCAGUCAUUGCCUGCUUUACAGCAGCCCUCCAGUGUAUCGUGGGAAACGGGUGGCAGUGCUGUUUGUUCUGCUGUUCUCAUUCCUAGUAUGGAUGCACGGUGGUUUCCUGCCUUUGCUGUGUCUUUCACAAUGCUGCACUGCACUUGCUAUGCACUCCGCAGGGUUCCCUGCACUAACAAUCUACACAGAGCUCCAGAGAUCCAGUCCAAAAAUGAUUCUCCUGUCAACUGUAGCUUUGCGGCCAAUAUUCGGAAAACAAACAAAAUGUACAAAGCUUGUUGCUGUAAAACAAAAAAACUAAAACCCCUUUGUCUUGUUUACUGUUUAACUUGUACAGUUUGUAUGUGUGGGAACAACUUUAUGAACACUUCUGAAAUAAAUGUAUUUUAA